AUGAUGUUGCCUAAACGUCUCAUCGUUGGCUUGAUAAGCCUUUGUCUUAUGACCAGAUGCACUGGUGAUGAGAGGUGUGGGGCCUCCAUUAGAGGGGCGUGUCCUCCUGCUUGGAGCCAGUGGGAUGACAAAUGCUACAAGCAACUCAGCGAGAAACUACCAUGGGCUGAGGCAAAACAGGAGUGCAUCAAGAUGGGAAGUGUCUUGGUCAUGCCACAGUCUCAGGAGGAAACUGACUUCCUUCAGAAGAACCUGGUCCCCUACUUUCAGAUCAACUGUAAUGAUCUUCAAGUUGAAGGUACAUGGGUGUGUCAAGAUGGCACUACUGAUGUGGAGUACAGAAACUGGAGGGAGGGUGAACCUAGUAAUGGCGGGGGAAGAGAAGAUUGUGCAGCAGCGGGAAAAUCUGGUUGGAAUGACGUUCCAUGUGACGAUCUCGCUCCUGUUAUCUGCCAACGACCAGCACCACAGCUGCACUUUUAAGUGUCAACUAAAACACUGACUGCUCAUCAAAAAAAUAAGUACGCAUAGGAACUUUUUUAUUUUACUGCAGAUAACAGCCCUCAUAAAAGCAAGGUAUCAUGACGACAGUACUAUGAAUAUGCAACUGAACAAUUCGGAAAAUCGCAAAUGUUGGGCAAGCAAUUUUGAAAGAUGAAAAAGUUACAUUGUACAAAACCAUCACUUGCAGCAGCAUCCAUAAUAUUUCAUUUCAUUGUUCGACUAAUGUCUAUUUUUUGUUGAGUUGACCAUCUUUGUACAUGUAACUGCAAGGGAUAUUAACAUUAGGAAAAUAACUGGUGCAUAAACUUUGUAAGUCUUGCAACGUCAUAUUUACUUUUUUAAUACUAACACUGGUUACCGGUCGGUCUUGUCACAGACUCAAUUAUUUAUCAUUAUAGCCAACAGCACAAUGUGUGAACAACUGGUCACAAGUUCAGGCCAUUUGGACAUAAUCACUAUAGUCAUCAAGUUGCUGUGUCAUUCAUUUGUCGUAAAUUUUGAUGCUUCAAUUUCCAAAAACAAAAAGCUAUUUACACAAUAUGUAUUGUAGAUUAGUAGCAAAAUAAAUUCAGUUGUUAUGUGGCACUUGAUUAAUGCAUCUUGAAGUCCUGAGUUUUUUGCAUAAGCUUGUUCC